UGUUCUAUGAAUAUUUCAGGUGGCUUCCUGGAACAAGAGUGAAAAUCCCUCUUCCAGUGGAAAUGCUUCUGAAAGAGGGGAAGCUUGCUGUGUAGCAACCAGGGAGAUGACCUUCUCUGUGGAGGCACCCCAUCUUUGGAAUGACCUUCUUGAAGGUGGACAAAGGCUGAUGUCAUUUUCGCACCAGGUGCUACCUACUGGAGUGUUGUCCUCCUGGGUUGCAGGAAGCCCCAAAAAUGUCAUUGCAGUUAGUGAUGUUGCCAGGAUGGGAGCUGUAUCUUUACAUUUUCCUUUCGUUUGGCUUUCAUUUCUACUCUUUUUAUGAAGUCUUCCAAACAUCUCAAGAAUAUGAAGAAGAACUUGACAGAGAAUUUGAACUGGAAACUGGUAAGCUGUUUGGGGAGUUUAGAAAGGAUCCAAUGGAUUUUGAAUGGAGUUUUUGGAUGGAAUGGGGCAAAGGAUAUAUAUUGUGGCUUCUCUUUGGUCACUUAGUGGUGUCACAGAUGUCCAGUCUUUACAUGAAGAAGUACAAACCCUGGUUUCUGAUGGCCUAUGGCAUGGCAGCCUGUGGUUUUCUGCUGGGUACCAAUGGUCUCGCCAUGAUUUUUCUACACGUUGCAAUCUCAUACUUAGUUGCUCAGUUUAAGAAUCCAGUUCUGACAUGGCUGAACUCAUUGCUUCUUCUGUCAACUCUGCAACUGUCUGCCUUGGAAGAAAUAAAGAGGAGCUGGUAUGCCAGUGAAAGUGAGUAUUACUUGCUUCUUUUCACCCUGACUGUCCGCUGCCUCUACUAUACAAGCUUCAGUUUAGAACACUGCUGGCGGAAGCCUGCUGAGACGAUACAUCACUCAUUCCUUUGGAUGUUGGCGUAUACCUUCUAUUAUCCUGUUAUCCACAAUGGACCCAUUAUCACCUUUGAUGAAUUUUAUCAACAGAUGAAUAAAGAAGAAUCCUUCUGUUUGAAGUCUAAACUCUGUGAUUUCAUCUUGGGUGCCCUUCGUAUUUUGAUUUGGUGGUGGCUGGCAGAGGCCAUGAUUCAUUUUAUGUAUAUGCAUGCCAUCUACAGCAGCCCUGCACAUCUGGAAGCAGUAAGCUACUGGACCUUAGGUGGCUUGGCACUGGCACAAGUCCUGUUUUUUUAUGUGAAGUACCUUGUUCUCUUUGGAGUUCCCAUACUUGUUAUCCGAAUGGAUGGACUCAGGCCUCCUCAUUUACCUCGCUGUGUAAGCACCAUGUACAGUUUUUCUGGAAUGUGGAGGAGCUUUGAUGUUGGACUGCAUAGGUUUCUUAUUAGGUAUAUUUACAUCCCAAUGGGAGGAUCCCACUGCAGCAUGUUUAAGAUGAUGCUUUCCACAGCAAUCACGUUCGCUUUUGUGAGCUACUGGCAUGGUGGCCAUAAUUACCUCUGGUCCUGGGCUGUGCUUAACUGGCUCGGAGUAACUGCUGAAAGUGGAGUGAAGAGGUUGCUUUCUCUUCCAGUUGUCCAUGACUUAAUUAACUGCUUUUUGUCCCCAAGAAAUUCUCGUCGAUUCCAUGCAGCUCUGGCAUCUGUAUCUACUACAUUCUUGAUUUUCUCCAACCUUAUCUUUCUUGGAGGAAAUCAGGUUGGCCAAAUCUACUGGAAGAGAAUCUUCAUAGAAGGCUGGCCCUGGGCAACACUCUCUGUCUUUGGAUUCCUAUAUUGCUACGCUCAUGUUGGAAUUGAAUGGCAGCACAGACAUUCCAAAGAUCAGCAGUUCUCCAAAGGGAUGCCCUCUAGGCCUUUCAAGAACGAGUCAAGUUAACUUUGGUGUAUGAUGGCAUAUCAAUAUUCCGAGAUGGCCUGUGUAUGUAUCCCACAGCAGUGUGACUUUGCAUGAAAAAGAGAGAGAAUGAGAGAAGCAACUUUAAAACUUGGGAAGCUAUUGUAAUACACACUGAUGGUGAAUCCAUUCCAUGAGAUACAAACCUUUGUAAAAGGUCUUUUUCUUCUAGGAUUCCAUUUAUAUAUGAUUAUUUUUUGAAAUGUUUUGUAUAAACUGACUGAAGUAGGAUUCCCUGCUACCUUUUACCUUUCUCAGCUCCUCCUUCUCCCUGAGAAUAUUAUACAAAGUCAGCUGGCCCUGAUGAAUAGAACAAGCUGUGGUGUGUGGGUAUUGUAGUGUCCGGACCCAUCUCUUGCUGUUUGGAUAGAUAUGUCUGAUUUGGAGGAGGUGUGGGGGAGGGGGAGGACUUUGGUUUUUUUCAGGAAUAUUUGGUGACAUUUUUCAGGCAGCGCAUGAGGACCAGCCUGCUUUGGAUGAGGCAGAAGGGUUUUCUGGUGCGAGGGGAGACCACAUGCAAGACCCAAUUCAGGACCCCGUAAGGAGGAAAACGGAGAAACAUGGGGCCCAAUUAGAGAGUCUGCAGCCUUCCUGCUCUCUUGCCCUCCAGCAGCAGGAGCCAAGCUGAGGGUCAGAAAAGGAGGGACAGAGGGGAAGUUUCCAGUGUGGAUUCAACUCUUUACAUGGGCAGAUCCUUCUCCCUUAACUCUGCUACAAGGCUAGUCAGAGUUCAUACUGCUCUGAUAGCUGUUAAGUUUCAGUGAAAGGAUUGCACUGUAAAGGAUUGCCCUGAGUUUGAUCACCAAAAGGAAAGAGGGAAGGGAUCAGCCCACGGCAGAUGCAUGUCUCCAGGAAAAGGAUGUUACCCAUGCAAAGUUAAACAUUUCAAGGUGCAGUCCUAUAUACAUUCUGACAGAAAACGUUCGGCAACACGCAGUAUUCCCCAGCCAGCAUAAGAUGACACGCUUAGCCAGACAGUAGUAGAGCAUCAAGCAAUCCCCCACCCCUCACACAGAGAACCAGAGCGGGUAACCUAGAAGUAAGAGCUUUUGUCUGUAGAAAUGUUGGAGAUGAGAGUGUUGAGAUCGUUUUUGGAAAGCCUUACUUUCAUCUGUUGAUUAUUUCACAUAGGAGGGGAGGACGCUGUUUUGAGAUGCUAUAUGCUCAGUUCUCGCACAUACAGCGGUAUGACUGGGAGAUUGUAUGCCUUACUAUAUCUAAACGUUCACAACUAGGCCAGAGUCUUUCAUUUGGAAUUUAUACAGGAAGACUGAA